AUGAAGAGUGGGAGAAUUCGACGUAUUGUUGAAGUAGUUUAUAACCUUUCAAUGAAUCCACCAUGGAGGUUUAAAAGAUUUCGUUAUGAUCUACCACACGCGAAUCAUCAUAAUUUAAUUGAAAAAAUAAAAGAAA